GCGGCUUAAACCCUUUUGUCACCUCCGCCGCGGCCUCCCUCGUCUCCUCCGUCUCGUCGCCUUCUAGGGUUUUUGCCGCCGCCAUGGCGACGGCGUCGCGCGCGCUCCUCCUCUCCCGAGCGGCGCUCUCGCCUCUCCCCGCUGCAGCCGCGUCCCGCCGCGUCCCCGUCCUCCUGCGCCCGCUCGCCGCGGCCGCGACGCUCCUCCCCGCGCCGGCGCCGGCGCCGGCGCGGUGCUACGCGACGCAGCCGGCGACGUCCUCGCUGCGGGACUCGUCCCCCAGCUGGAGCAACCGCCCGCCCAAGGAGACGAUCCUCCUCGACGGGUGCGACUUCGAGCACUGGCUCGUCGUCAUGGAGCCGCCCCCCGGCGACGCCGCCAACCCCGAAGUCACCCGCGACGAGAUCAUCGAAAGCUACAUUAAGACGCUCGCGCAGGUCGUCGGGAGUGAGGAAGAAGCGAGGCACAAGAUAUACUCGGUAUCAACUCGACAUUACUUUGCCUUUGGUGCCCUUGUAUCUGAGGAACUUUCUUACAAACUUAAAGAAUUGCCCAAGGUCCGCUGGGUUCUUCCUGAUUCAUACUUGGAUGUGAAAAAUAAAGACUAUGGAGGAGAACCCUUUAUAAACGGUGAAGCUGUUCCUUAUGACCCUAAAUACCAUGAGGAGUGGGUCAGAAACAAUGCCCGUGCCAAUGAAAGAUCUCGGCGCAAUGAUAGACCCCGCAACUUCGACAGGUCAAGGAACUUUGAGAGGAGAAGGGACAACAUGCAGAAUUUCCAGAACAGAGAUGCACCUCCACCUGGGCAGGGUUUCAACAGCCCCCCACCUCCACCUGGGCAGGGUUUCAACAGUCCCCCACCACCUGGCCAGAACCCGAUGCCACCCCGUGAAGGCCCUCCUAUGCACCAUGCCCAGGGCAAAAUGCCUCCUCCGCCACCACCUCCGCACACUCCUGGUGGCCCUCCAAAUUUCCAGCCCCAGAUGCCAAACCCACAGGUGGGCUACACCCCUGGCGGUGCACCUCACUAUCAGCAAGGCGGUCCUCCUGGGUACCGAGGCAGUAACCAAGGUUACCAAGGUAAUCCAGGCCCAUCUUACCCAGGCGCCAACUCUGGAUACCAAGGUGGCGUGCCAGGGUACCAAAGUGGCAACCCACCACCCCCUUACCAGGGAGGCAACCCACCGUACCAAGGUGGUGGCAAUCCUGGCUACAGUGGUGGUGGUGCACCAGGCUAUCCAGGUCAAGGAGGGAACUCGAACUACCAAUGAGGAUGACCACGAGUUUAUGCAGGCGCCCCAGUUCCAGUAGACUCUUCUGGAAGAGAUGGUGUGCAGUAGUAUAAAUUGAACCCUUGUUGCCGUCUGAAUUUCAUGGAUUAUCGCUGUAUUCACCUAAUUCUUCUAUAAUGCUCGAACUUUUAGAGCAACUUCAACAGCCAUGCUAUCACACCCUCCAUAGCA